GCACACGCCGAGAGCGAGGGAGAGAUAGAGAGUUGCACUCUAAGAAAACGCAUACACGGGGGGGGGAGUUCACAACGUGCAUCAACGGGUAAGGUCGUAUUCUACUUGCCGUCAGACCGUUUUCGUCUGCCGCUUUCGACGAGCAGCAGCCGGCAGCGGCGGCAUCAUCAAACAUGAGUGCAACAAAUUUCGAGCUGGCCCCAAGUCGCGACGAGCUGCUUGCACGGCGGCGACGCAGCCACCCCGCCCGAGGCUUUGCCAUGCUCGUGUGGGCGGUGCUCUAUUGUGCAACACCGGUGGCGGUUGCUUUCGUGAGCCCGAAGGCUCAAGUUGCACGGCUGUCGGCGCUUGGAAAGAGCAAUCCAUUGGGCAAGCCGGGAGUGACGAGUCAUCGUUUUCGGUUGGCUGAAACAACGGCCAAGCACAGCAGCAGCAGCGGCAGGGAUACUGGAACUGGGCGAAGGUUGCACAUGCGCAUGGGCUCUGCCUCAUCGGUGGACGCGCAGGCAGUCGGAGAGGGCCGCGGGAGGAGACGCAAGGCGUUUCGUGCGAGAGUGGGAGCGCUCUUCCGCGGGACUGCUGUAGGGGACACAAGGCUCGAGAGGGCGGCCUACCUAACGUCGUGCUGGCUGAGGGCAGCGAAGCGUGUUGCCAGCAAGCGCGCGCUUACCGUAGCGCUGGCGUUCACGCUCGCCUUCCCCUCUCUCAGCGCCCCGCGAAUUUCGCCCGGGGGUACGGAGGGAGGCUUGGCUGCGGGCGGCGCCGGCAGUGCGCACCCGGCCGUCGAGCUCGUCCUCCCCUUCUCCGAAAAUGCCGCUGCUGCCGAACAAGCAACGCCAGUAUCGGUGACGGGUGGGGCAACGGGGGUUCGGGAGCAGCACCAACAACACCAGGGGGGGGCAAGCGGCGGGGCGGGGCGGACGGCGGCGUCGAGAGCGGCGUUUGUCGGGCCGUGGGGAAAGGAGGAGGGAGAUAGAGGAGGAGGAGGCGCGCAAGGCGCUCGAUCGUCGUCGAAGGGGGGGCUGUCGGCGGCGGCGGUCAGGGCACCCUCCAGGAGGGCGGGGGGGAAGAAGAGGGGUAAGGCUGUGGAGAACGACGGCACGAAGGAGGCGCUGCGCUCGAUGGCGUCCAAGGCCGGGGAGAACGGCCGCGAGAUCGCGCAAGAUUUUGGGGGGCACAUACAGGGCGCGAAAAGGGACGUGUUGGUGAUCCUCAUGGCCAACGCGCUCAUCAUCCCGGUCUGCAAGCGCGUCGGCCUGUCGCCGGUCCUCGGGUUCCUGGCCGCCGGCGUGGCGCUGGGGCCGAACUGCCUGAGCAUCGUGUCCGACGUGAAGGCUAUCGAAGUGCUCGGAGAGAUGGGCAUCGUUUUCUUCCUGUUCGAGAUGGGCCUCGAGCUGAGCGUCACUCGCCUCAUGGCCAUGAAGCGCGACGUAUUCGGGCUGGGCCUGGCGACCUUCGGCAUGUCCGCUGCUGCCGUCGCGGGCGCCUGCUACCUCGCGGGACUCACGGGGGCGCAGAUGGUGGUGAUCGGGGGCGGGGUCGCGCUGUCCAGCAGCGCUUUCGUCCUUCAAUUGCUGAGGGAUCGCGACGACCUAGGGACUCGCUACGGCCGCGCCUGCUUCGGCAUUCUGUUGUUCCAGGACCUGGCGGUGGUGCCACUGCUGGUGGCGAUCCCUCUCCUGGCCGGGGGAGGCGGCGGGCUGGCGGCCGCGCUCACGUCUGCGGCAACAAAGGCGGCUAUCGCUUUGGGGCUCAUCGCCUUCAUCGGCAAGAACAUCCUGAGCCGCUUCUUCCUGCUGGUGGCGAAGAGCAAGUCUCAAGAGGCGUUCCUGGCGGUGAUCCUGCUCACCGUCAUCGCUCUGUCCAGCAUCACCGAAGGCCUGGGGCUGAGUGGCACGCUCGGCGCUUUCCUCGCCGGCACCCUGCUUGCCGACACCAAGUACACUCCUCAGGAAGGUUUCCUACUACUGUACGUGUAG